AUGUACAAUCAUUCAAACGACAUUUUGACGAAGAGGAACUAUUUACUCGCUUUAUCGUCGUUACGUGUAAAAUUGAGAAAGACGAAAAAUCGAGUAAUAGUUUUGAUAAUUGAUAGGAGAAGUGAAACCUGGUAGGGAAUAAUUUCAACAAGCGAAACACGACAGUUGACAAAUUUUUCAGGGUUUUCUUCACGCGAUAACGGAUCUCGAUUGCUUAACAUCGAGCGACUUUAUUUUAACGAGCACAUUCUUCAAAUUCUUCUGACUCUAAUUUUCAACCAUAUGCCAAUUUUUUCUAUUUACCAAACGAAUCACAUGUUUGAUGGUACACACAUAGAUGGUUAAAAUGAUGUUUUUGUUAGAAUUUCAUUCAAAUCCAUUACGUAUCUUUAAACGUACAUUUAUCGAUGCACUUGCUCACCCAUGUUGCUCGUUUCGUUGUCAGUCGCACGUUUUUUUUUUUUUUUUCUUUGCUAAUUCUCUAAACGACUAAACCUACGACUAAACUGAUCGGCAUUUCCUAUUUCUCGUUUCAGCAGCAAAAAUUCGUGAAGAGGACGGCCGAGGAGUUGGAGCCAGCCGGCGGUGGUAGCGGAGACGGCGGCUUCGGCGAGCCCCCGGUGAAGCUGCAAUGCACCCAGGCACAGCAUCAGCACCAGCAAGGUCCCGGUGGCGGCGGCGGAGGCGGGCCACAUCACGGUCCCCACGGUCAACACCCUGGCGCUGGAAACGGCGCCAACUCUACGGGUCCGACGCACGGCACUGGUGGGGGAGGCGGUGGCGGCGGCGGCAACGAGGGACUGACCAAGUUCUCCGUGGAGAUCGUGCAACAACUGGAGUUCACCACGUCCGCGGCCAACUCGCAGGCCCAACAGAUCUCCACGAACGUGACCGUCAAGGCGUUGACGAACGCCUCGGUGAAGAGCGACCUGCUGAAUGCGUCGUCGUCGCCGAAAUCGGGCCCGGACACGCCAGCGUCCGCGACGUCGCGACCGCAGACGGGGAACGGUGCCGGUGGCGGGCCAGGCGCCGGUACGGCCGGUACCGGGCCACCGGCACCCGGUGGGAUCGGUUGCGUGGACAUAGGUAACCUGGUCGAGUGCAAGCAAGAGCCGGACAAUGAGUUCGUCGACUUGGAACAGUGCGCCGCGGCGCUGGAGAAAGACGCGGCGGCGAACGGCGCCGGUUUCCCGGGUUUCUCCGACUUUAUGGGCGACGACACCGGCGACGAGAUCAUCACGUCGGACGCGUUCAAGGAUCUCAUCUCGGAGAUCUCCGACCUGCAUCCGGAAUUCAUGAAGGACUUUGACUUCGAGGAGAAGAUCCCGGUAGAGGCGUUGGCGAACAACGCGGCUGUGGUCGCGGCAGCUGCCGCCGCGGCCAACAACAACAACAGCAACAAUAACAGCAACAAUAAUAACAGCAUCGGGACGAACAACGGCCAGAUCAAGAUCGAGGACGACAAGGACUCGAUGCAUGGACAGCAGCACGGCAGUGUGAACAACAACAGCGUGAACAACGGUACCGCGACGAACAACGGGAACGCCAACGUGCCGGCCAAUUCGAGUCCCGGAGGUCUCGCUUCCGCGCAGUACUCCCCCGCUAGACUACCGUAUUCCAGCCUGGACUUCAAGUCCGAGAUGAGUCCCGCUGCUCAGACGCUGAAGCAAAUGGCGGAGCAACAUCAGCACAAGAGUCAACAGUUGAGUCUCGGUGGAUUUAACCCUGGCGCGGCGGCGGCAGCCGCUGCCAGAGGCUCCACCGCCAGGUCUCCCUACGCCGAAUUCCCCCAGUUUGGCGGCACGUCCGACUAUCUCGGCAGCCCUGGCAGCACCGGCCCACCUGGUGCACAGUCUCAGGCGACCACCGGCACUGGAUCGUAUCACAAGAACAACGGCACGGCCGGAUUCCAGAGCCAACAGACGAACGACAUGUUCGUCGGCUCGCAAACUCAGUUCGCCGCCGGCCUGGCGGAUAUGAAGAGACCGCAGCCAGCCACCGGCGGCAAGCCGGCCAUGCUUGGACCAAGCGGAGGAUACAAGCAACAGUACUCGCCGUACGGUAGCCCGGGAUCGAUGCCGAAUCACGGCAGUCCAGGGUAUCCACUGCCACCGAGAGGCUCCCAGGGCGCCGGACCCAAUCAAACUGGAUCCCAGGGACCGUUCACUAGCUCCACGCCGCCCAGGCCUCCCUCGGGACCCGGCACGUCCACUCUGCAAAUUAACCAGGCGCAGCAGCUACACAUCAACAACCCCGGUCAUCAGAUCCAGGUUAGUGUGAUCCUUUCCUCUUUCUUUUUCUUUACUUACCGUACGUUCAGUUCUUUUACAUAUAUCUGCGGAUCUGUUAGGACCAAGGGUACGUAUGUAUCAUUUGUGACAUGGAGGUGCUAAGCGUGGCAACGUUCAAACUAUCUUUGUAUUUAGAUUAGACAAGGCCAAUUUGAAGUGCGAGAAGAGACACAGCACAGGGAUCGCCAUGUCAUAAAUACGUACUCGAAGGGAAAAUUUAAGAAUUUCUAG